AUGGCUCGGAUCUCGUUAGACUGCGCCUCCUCGCUGUCCGGCAUCCCCCUCAGCGUGCUCUCGGUGCCCAUGGAAAACAAGUAUAAAUGCCAGCAGUGUCUCCAGGUGCUGAGGAAGCCGGUGCAGGCCCAGUGCGGCCACCGCUUCUGCGUUCACUGCUUCAAACAGAUCACCAGUUCUGGUCCUAAACCGUGUGAAGCUUGUCGAGAAGAGGAAAUCUAUGAGGAGCCUAUUUCCAUUUUAAACAGUAAUGAGGCCUUCCCAGAUAACGCAGCCGGGAGAGAGAUCGCCAGUUUGCCGGCGCGGUGCCUGAACGACAGCUGCCCUUGGACCGGCUCCAUCAAAGACUAUGAGACUCAACACGAAGGUCGCUGUGACUUUGAGAAGAUCCAGUGCAGCCGUUGCCAGAACUUCCUCCUUCGCUCGGAGCAGGAGCGGCACAACGAGCGCGAGUGUGAAGCCAGACUCCUCAACUGUAAAUACUGCAAACUGACCUUCAACUACAAAGACAUCAAGGCUCAUGAUGAAAUCUGUCUGAAGUUUCCUCUUCAGUGUAAAGAGUGUGGGAAGAAGAAGAUUCCUCGAGAGAAGUUCACUGACCACCUUCGCUCCUGCGCAAAGUCCAAGAGUCUGUGUCCGUUCAGUGAAGUAGGCUGUAAGGCUGUGGUGGACAGCGGGCGGCUGAGCGAGCACGAGAGCAGCAACACCGUGGAGCACCUGCGGCUGCUCCUGCCCAUGGUAGUGUCCAUGGUGCGGGCGCGGCUGGACGCCUCGGGGGCCUCGGGGCUGGGGGAGUGGCAGGAGGACUCUGGGCUGGGCCUCUACAGAGCUCCUGAGGAAGGGCUCUCCAUGGGCAAAGGCCACUCUGUCGACCUGGACAAGAAGGUUUGUGUUCCAGACCCAUCGUGCAAAUACUAA